UAAAGUAGGAACUGUACGACAAGAACCGUAUUGGAUUGAGCCAUACCCUGCAAUCCUAUCCAACAACAUCCUUCGACUUCAUUAAGACAGAUUUCCUUCGAACCCAAACUAUCCAUCCCCCAUCUCCAAUCUCCUUCCCCCCAUCUCUCUUUCUAACUCCAUUAAUGAGUUUGACAAUGGAUAUCCUUUCUUCUUCAAUGCUCACUAACCAGAGUCUUAUGGCUCGUCCUUCAUGUCCGGUCAACUUGUCUAGUAGUGGGUCGGUCUCUGUUCUUGGGUUCUCUUUACCCAGUCCGAGAAUGGCUUGUGUGAGAAACCAUGGAAUUGGGGUCAUAAGGGCCUCAGUCGCAGUUGAACAACAGACCCAGAAGACUAGAGUAGCUCUUAUCAGAAUUGGGACUAGAGGAAGCCCACUAGCACUUGCCCAAGCUUACGAGACUAGAGAUAAACUCAUGGCAAAACAUGCGGAGCUAGCUGAAGAAGGAGCUAUUGAGAUUGUAAUUAUAAAAACAACAGGUGAUAAAAUACUAACUCAACCCCUUGCUGACAUAGGUGGAAAGGGAUUAUUCACUAAAGAAAUUGAUGAGGCACUAAUAAAUAGCGACAUCGACAUUGCUGUCCAUUCAAUGAAAGAUGUUCCAACCUACUUGCCAGAAAAGACAAUUCUUCCGUGCAAUCUUCCUCGUGAAGAUGUUCGUGAUGCGUUUAUCUCGUUGAGUGCUGCCUCACUUGCAGAGCUCCCAGAAGGGAGCGUGAUUGGUACUGCUUCCCUUAGACGGAAAUCACAGAUACUCCACAGAUUUCCAUCACUCAAGGUAGAAGAGAAUUUUCGUGGCAAUGUCCAGACAAGGUUGAGAAAACUUAGUGAAGGGGUUGUCCAAGCUACUUUGUUGGCAUUAGCUGGACUUAAGCGCUUAAAUAUGACAGAAAAUGUGACUUCCAUUCUUCCAAUGGAUGAAAUGCUUCCAGCUGUUGCUCAAGGUGCUAUUGGGAUUGCCUGUCGAAGUGAUGACGAUAAAAUGGCAAAUUACAUAGCCUCAUUGAACCAUGAGGAGACGAGACUAGCAGUUGCAUGCGAGAGGGCCUUCCUUCUAACAUUGGAUGGAUCUUGCCGCACUCCUAUUGCCGGGUAUGCUAGCAAAGAUGAGGAUGGUAAUUGCAUAUUCAGAGGGUUAGUGGCUUCUCCUGAUGGAACUCGAGUUAUUGAGACAUCCAGAAAAGGUCUAUAUACUUAUGAAGAUAUGGUCAGUAUGGGAAAGGAUGCAGGGAAGGAGCUUCUCUCACAGGCAGGUCCUGGCUUUUUUGACAGCUGAGUAACUGAUUAUUUAGUGUUAGAACAUAAUAAGAAUAUUGAUGCUAUUUAUGCAAUUUUAGGUGAUUGUUCCCAAUUGAGUGUAUUCAUAGAUUAAAGUUUUUUUUGUUUACUUUUGUAAUAUUAUGAAGGAUAAUUAUGCUAUUGAUUGUAAUUUAGUCGAGGAAUGAAGCACACGAAGAUUAGGAUUAGUGCUGUAUUUCGAGUGAGUAGUUCAAGCUGAAUUUUGUUGUUGUUGUAACAUCUCUAUCUCUCUCUAUCAUUUCAAGAUUACAUAAUGGUAGUAUAUUAUCAUUGAAGAAA